CGUCCAAAUCGAACGCACUCGCGGGGUAUUGAGGCGAACCCGGCGGGGCUUAGGACCCGGCGGGUCACGCGGUACAAUAGCGCUGUUGUGUCGUGUUGGUGGGCCGACUGACUGCAAGCCCGGGAGGAGAACCCCCCUCCAAAAAAAAAAAAAGAAAAGAAAGAAACCUUCAAUUUAACCCAUUCCCACGCACUAAUACUUUUCAUUUUGUGGCCAUAUGCUGUGUUUGACGCUGGACGGCGUACGGUCGGGAUAAAGCGGACCUAGACUUGAAGGGAUGAACCUCAGCAGUUGAAUGUUCAUCGGAGGAAGCCAUUAGCAUGCUUUUCAACUGGACCUCUAUGGAUGUGACAGGAUGAAACGUAUCAGGACCUCCAGCAGCAGCGACACUUCUGACAAUGAGAGUCCCUCAACCUCAUUCUGUUCCAACAAGUAUGGGAGCAAACUGGGCACCCCCGCCGCCGAUCCGAAGAAACCGGCUGAAGUCUUCCGAAAAGACCUGAUCAGCGCCAUGAAGCUGCCCGACUCCCACCACAUCCCGACUGAGGAUUACUACCUGCUGGCUGACACCUGGAAGCAGGAGUGGGAGAAAGGGGUUCAGGUUCUGGCGAGCCCGGACACAAUCCCGCAGGCGUCAGUCAGGAUUAUCGCGGAGAAGUCCAAGGAGAUUCUGUACGGCCACCAGAAGAAGUACAUCGAGUGCUCCGGGCAGGAGUCCACAGAGCCGGGCUUCAUCAACAUCAGGGAGCUGGCGGAGGCCAUGUGUCGCUACGACCUGGACGACGUCGACCUGUACUGGCUGCGGGCCCUCAACAACCAGCUGCUCUGCAUGGGUGAGGACCCGGUGGACGAGCUGACGAUGGAGCGCACCAUGGAGGCGCUGGAGGGCCAGUGCCACGACAACAUGAGGCACGCCAUGGAGACGGUGGAGGGCCUGGGCAUCGAGUACGACGAGGACGUGGUGUGCGACGUGUGCCGCUCGCCCGACAGCGAGGAAGGCAACGACAUGGUUUUCUGCGACAAAUGCAACAUCUGCGUGCACCAGGCCUGUUACGGGAUCGUCAAAGUGCCCGUCGGCAACUGGCUGUGCCGCACGUGUGUGCUCGGCAUCGACCCGCAGUGCCUCCUGUGUCCCAAGAAGGGCGGCGCCAUGAAGGCGACCCGCGCCGGCACCAAGUGGGCGCACGUUAGCUGCGCCCUGUGGAUCCCAGAAGUCAGCAUCGCGUGCCCCGAGAGGAUGGAGCCCAUCACCAAAGUGUCCCACAUCCCGCCCAGCCGCUGGUCGCUCAUCUGCAGCGUGUGCAAGAUCAAGACUGGUGCCUGCAUCCAGUGCUCGGUGAAGAACUGCACCACACCCUUCCACGUGACGUGCGCCUUCGAGCACAGCCUGGAGAUGAAGACCAUCCUGGACGAGGGCGACGAGGUCAAGUUCAAGUCGUACUGCCUCAAGCACAGCAAGCCCAAAGCGGCGGGCGAAACGGGCCUGAGCCCGGCACGCGCCAAGCCGCCGCCCUCCGACUCGGCCAAGGUGGGCCUCCGGGCGCAGCGGCUGCUGGAGCUGGAGGAGGAGUUCUACGCGCUGGUGCGGCCGGAGGAGGUGUCGCGGGCCGUGGGCCUCUCGCCGCGCCUGGUGGACUUUGUCUACCAGUACUGGAAGGUUAAGAGGAAGAGCAACUUCAACAAGGCCCUGCUGGCACCCAAGGAAGACGAGGAGAACCUGGUUCUGCAGCCGCACCAGGACAGCAUCCACACGCGAAUGCGCAUGUUCAUGCACCUGCGACAGGACUUGGAGAGGGUGAGGAACUUGUGCUACAUGGUGAGUCGGCGAGAGAAGCUGAAGCUGCUGCAGAGCAAAGCCCAGGAGCAGAUGUUCAACCUGCACGUCAGCCUCACGAGCCAGGACAUUUCCGCCGGCCUCGCGGCUUCGUUGCCAGUGGAGAGUCUUCUGUUCCGGCCUCCUCCGAGGAUCACGCUGAAGCUGAAAAUGCCCAAAGCCUCCGGCCUGGGAAACUGUCACACCGCAUCCAAAUCAGCCAACGGGCCUCUGUGCCCGGACAAUAGCAGAAACCUGUCUGACCGCGUCAUCGAGGGCCCGGGCCAGGGCAAGCCGCAGCUCCACGGGCACGUCCAGCGGGAGGAACGCGCCAAUGGACGGGUGGCGGGCAAGCCCACGGCGGCGAAGCCUCUGACGGGGAAGCCGCUGGGCCUGCACUCCACCCUCCGCGGCCACUCGUCAAAUGGCAAACCGGAGCAAGAGCGCGCCUCCAAAAACGGCCUGUCGGACAAAAUGGUCGCGCAGAAAGACAGCUCGUGCCAGACGCCCGGCGAGGCCGACGCGCCCACGCAACCGCCGGACAAAGGCGCGUUCGGCAAGUCGGCCAUCGAACACUUCGGCAGGUCCUUCAAGGAAGCCACCAUGAAUUUGGUGCGGACCACUGAGGACAUGCGGGCCUCGGACAAGCUCGCCCGCAAGGAGAAACUGUGGCCCAAGCCGGUCUCCGCCAACAACACACGAUUGUGCCACGACAGCGACGGCUACUGUCCCGACCUGGAGCUCAGCGACUCGGAACCCGAAGCCAAAGGGAGGCACCGGCGCCAGGGCGGGCCGCCCCACCCGGACGUCGGCCGGCGGGGGGGCGGCGCCGGCCGCGGGAGACAGCCGCUGGGCGCCGCCUCACACUGCGUACGAAGGUGACGGCAGACUGGCAAGCGCCGCCUGGAUUGGCCUUGACUGUUUAGCGCCACGUUCGCACUCUGCGCAACUUUUUACUGAACGGCUCCACCUCCUUUCUCAUUGCACAACUGGACGUCGAGCGUUGACAAAAUGCAACAUGGAACGACUUUCAAGAUCUUUUUACUCCAGCUUGUGACAUCACUCACUAGGCCACACCCAUUAAAGACACACAUCAACACCAAUACAGUAUUCUCUGGCUAUUUGUGGGGUGGAGGGUUCAAAUCCCUGCCACAAAUGAUAAGAAAUCUGCUGUAAUUGCUAAAGGCUGGCGGCAGAGCAAUACUACAUCGGACUUUGGCCUCAGCACAAAACUGAAUAGUCAAUUAGAGACUCGGUCACCCCCUAAAAAUCUGCGAAGGUGCAGGGGAACAGUUGCCUCAAAUGUUGAUUUUUCUUUUUUUUGUUUAGUAAAAAAUUGUUGCCUUGAACAAAAACAAUAGCUAGAAUUAGAAAUGAUGUAAACUGCUGGUCGGCUCGCCGUUGCUACGGUAACAGCACGUCACAUCGCCAGAGAACACUAAAAUCUUCGGAGUUACGAUGAUGCCGUUGUCACGUUUUCGCACCGUUCGCUCUUGUCUCCUUGCUGAUUUGAUAAGUCAAAAUCGAGUUUUGGAUUUUGUUAGAACGCUGACACUCUACGUGACAAGCAUGUGAUUCAAUUUACUCAAUUGUUACAUUUUUUUAAAAAAUAUUAAAUUCAUUUUUGAAAUGAUUUUUGGUUUUCUAUCCAUUUCCUUCUGCGUGUGAUGUAAUUGCAAAAUUUAUUUGCAAUCCAUUGAUUUACUGGGGGAAAUGUAAUGAGUUGAUCUUGCAAACAUUCAUGAUUAUAAUUUUAGUUUGGAGGUGAAAAUCUACAUUUAUUUUUUCAUAUUUCCAACACUUGCGAUUGCCUCUCUACUCGUGCUACUCUGGCUUAGCCUCAAACAUGACAUAUUUCUCAAAAUAUGCCCUUGAAGCACUAAAUUGUGGCGCAA